CCUCCAUGCGAUAAGAAACCUUUCAAUGUCAGUUAUAUAUGACAGACAGGUGAAUGUGCUUGUUCCACAGGAAAAAUUUAAAGGUUCCAUUGAAUGUCCUGUAUUGUGGCAAAUGGCUACUCCACAAGGAUGGGAUAUAGAAGAAGUAGAGGCAAAGUUGAAAGAUCCAACAUUCGAAGGCGAGGUGGUAAAAACCAAAUUUGUAAAGAAAGGAUCUUUAAUUAUCAUGACAACAAUUUCAGCGAGCAUAUUGAAUGAUCAAAAAGCUUUUGAAACUGCAAUCAAAUCAUUUCUUGACAAACUGGUAGAAGUGUGUCAUAUAGAUACAAAAGUACAUGCACAAGUUGACAUUAGGCUACAUAUUUUGGAUCCUAAUGAAGUGAAAUUGAUCUUUAAAGUUCCAAAGACAAGCGUUCAAAUGGAGAACAAACUCAGUCAAACUGAUAUGACCACAAUGGAUAUCGAAACUAUGGAGACGAAAAGCUAUGAAAGGAAGAAAACAUACGUUGUGCCCAAGGCGGACUGA